AUUCCAUUGUCCGAAAAUCAUCUUCUCACCUCUACAACCACCAUGGAAUCAGACUACGGUCGGAAUCGACGUUCAAUCGCCAACUUCGAGGAACGCCUAAAUGACUUAAUAGCAUCGCUACCAGACGCAACCACCAAACCAGAUGGUACAAUCGUUGUGCCGUCAAUAAGACUGCAGGAGGUUCUCGACCACUUUAAAGACGACGAUGGGAUGCCAAUACUCUCGGAAGACCAGCAAGCAACCCUGCUUGAUAUCAUCUCCGUGGACCCUUCACUCGAAAUUUCCGCAACAAUGCUCAUGCCACUAGCUGUCCUCGCGGAACAGAAGCGAGAGGAAGCUCAUCAAACGGAAAGAUACGACGAUGACGACGACUUCACUCGUGGGCGCAGAAUGCCUGGAAGCCCAGGGGACGACGACCAGGAGUACGCCGGACGGUCCUCGAGCAACGAUUCAACGGGAACACGUCGCAAUUCCAGUCGACCGCCUUCAAGAGGACAUGGCUCAGUACCUCACACACCCAGGGCACCCUCAGCGUUCGACAGCUCACGUAGACAGCGUGCCACACCUUUGUCCAACAACCCCCCGUCGUCGUACGCCAAAAGACCUGCAGCUCCCUCCCGUCGAAAAAGCGAUGCCGGAAGUCGAAGUGAUUCCGAGUCGUACUCAACCUCACCCUCUGCAUACGGGUAUCGCAAUGCUGCUCCGCGAACUCGUGCACCCUCCAAUCCCACUUCUCCUCGUCUGGACGAUUUCUCUGACAUCUUAGGGUCACCGCCCCCGACAUUUCGGCCCCCUUCUAGACCCUCUUCGCGUAACCAAGGGCUACAUUUUGGUGGUAGCCCAACGAAUGAACGUGGGUACUCGUCUCCGGAUGAUACUAUACUCUCCCCGUCUGGUUUUGCACACUCGAUCUCGUCGCUUCCGAUGCCUCGACAUCAUGACGACGACUCGGAUUCGGACGAGGAUGAGUCUGCGCUGGGCUUGGUUAUGGAACGUCAGACAACCGCGUCGACGGUGUCUAUGGAACCCUUUGACCGUGUCGAUGUACUUCAACGGGCAAAUGACGAGCUGCGAAAGAAGCUUGUGGAAGCUGAGUCAACGUUACAGAAGAGGCUUGAGGAGCAUGAGGGAGAAUUAGAAGAUCUCACGUUGAAGAUUGAUGAGCUCACUACUGAAUUGCAUGCCACUAAGAAGGAGGAAAAGGAGUUGAGGAGCAAGGAGCGAACAAAUUCUAAUCAGAUCUCCACGCUCGAGAACGAGAUAGGCAAGCUCAACCGACAACUGGACCAUGCUCGUACCACUUAUCAAAGUUUGCAACGCCAGUAUCAAGAGCAAUGUACAGCGUCAGAAAAGUACCGCGACGAUCUUCGGCGGAGAGAUGAGGCAAUCCGUACUCUCACCGAUGCGGCGUCUAUGCAUGAAUCAGAGCAGACCAAGUGGAACAGGGAACGCGACAGCUACGAAGAUCGGAUUGAACGGCUCGAAGAGGAGUUGUUGACCGCUCAGACGGCGCAUGCGUCGUUGGAUGAGCAGAAGCAGGAGAACUUGAUGUUGAAGGAGACGAUUGAUAGGUUGAGGUUUGAUAUGGAUGAACUGCGGAACAGUUAUUCGAGCAAUGUUGGAGGGGCGGGUGGCGGGUUGGGGAGUGGUGCGAGUAGUAGGAAUAAUACGGUUAGUAAGAGUUUAGGUGCGGAGUUGGCGGGUAAGUUGGGGUGGGAUGAGGGGAAUAGUGAGGAAACGGAGGAUGCGGAUGAUGAGGGAGAAGAGGGCGGUAGCGAAACUGUUGUCGAAGACGUCUUGGACUCGUCAGAUGGUGAAGACGUGAUUCAAACGAUAAUUCGACGGAGACGGAAAGUUCCCUCCAAAGCGAACAGAGUGGAGACUUCGCAGACGAUUGAAGAGAACAAAGAGUAUUCUGAUAGCUCGACACAGUAUGACCCUGACAUGUUCAUGGUCGGAUCGUUUACGCAGACCGAUCCCGAGCCCUUACCACCUCCCAGGGUGAUAAUGGCUGUUCAAACCGACCCUCUACCCACAAGGCACUCUGUGGAAAUCGGUACUGAUCCUGUCGAAGAGGACGAAAGGGUCCUGGUUGAAGUAGAAAUCCAGACCGAACUCGAACUCGAAGUGAGUACCUCCGCUGCAACAUCAGGAACGACCACCCCCAAGUCUACCACCAUACCGCUACCUUCCGACUCUCCACCCACCUACAACCAAGUCGCUUAUGAGCGCGAAAUUCAAAGUCGUGUUGCGGCUGAGCUCAGGAAGCUUCAUCCUGGUAACGAGCGCUUCGUUGAGCGAGUGGUGAACGAGGGGCUUCUAGAAGAGUGGCAGGCGUUCAAGGACGAACUUGGGUUGGAUUGUGGAGUGAUUGAUGAGGCUUUGGAGAAAGCUAAGGUUAUUCCGCGUCGUCGGGACGAGGCGGAAGGUGGUGGGGGCAAGAAACGGGCAUCCUUGGGAGGUCGCUUUUAUAGGAACAUCUACAACACCUAUGUCUAUGGUUCGCCUGAGGGCAGAGCAUCCGCCCCCUCAAGUUCUUCCCAAGGAGGUCCCAGCCCGACGAGUGCUCUCAUCACACAGGGCGCCAUGAUUGCAGGAGCCUCUGCGCUCGUCAUUGGUGCCUCGGCUCUGGUCCAGAUGGCGUUCGCAAAUUCAGGUUUUGGUCCACAGUACAACUUGGGUGUAGCUGGCGGACCAACCUACCAUGACCGAGUUGCGUGGGCUGGUUUCAAUGCGAUGCCGGGUGCUGCUGAAGGCUUCGCGUAUUACGGAGGUGGAUAUCAUGCUGGUGGUGGAGGAGAUGCCGGCGCCUUCUGGAACUUCCUUGGGAGGGCUACAGAAAGGGCUGCUAGAGCUGCCGCGGGGUGGCCAACAUGACAUGUUUGCCUUUUCCUUGUUCUCCUUUCCCCUCUUCUUCUGUUUCCUUUUGCUUUUCAAAAUUCUGCUCUGCCAGCAAAUGCUUGCCUGUUGUAUUUUUAUUGUUCAGUUUUAACGAUUCAUUCGCCUCAUCGACUUCGUUCUUUUGGUUUCCCUAAUUAUGAUCUUAAUGACCCCUUGACACUCGCAAUUAGUUUUCCAGCCGCCCCCCUUUGCCUCUAUCACCCGUUAUGAGACCUUCUGUUGAACAUAGGAAUUUGACGAUACCAGCACAUACAAUGAUCCCAUUUCGGACUCAUUCCCCCCACUCAUUAGCUUAUAAUUAUUAUUGGUAUUGGUAUGUGUAGUUUGCGGUGUAGAGUCUUAGGACGGUAUGUUACGCUUCACAACAAUUCUGGUCGUUUCUCUGCAAAAAAA